AAAAACUGUAAAGUGUAAUUUACCAUGGAAGAAGGACAGAUAAAAUAAUUUUGUAGUUCUACAAUUUACAAGUUGGUGAAGUAAAAGUAAAAGAAAUGAUGUUAUAUAAUUAUUUUUAUUUGCCGUGCUUUCAUGAAAAUAGUAACAUUUUAAUGCUGUGUUAAAAGAUUAGAUUGAAGUUACUGUUGGUCUAUACAGAAUUACAAUUAACAUCCUUUUGCAAUAGAGAUGUUGAGUCCACUGGUACCUAUUCUUCUAAUGGAAUUUGUUAGUACAGGAACUGAAAGUUUUUAGUGGUAUGUUUUUUAUCAAUGCCUUCAGACUUCAUAUGUUUGCAUGCGAAUUCUUACCUGCCAGUAAAUGUACUUGUACUUCCUUUCAACAGGAUUUUGGUGAUUACCUGGAGUCUUAUUAUUCAGUACAAACAAAUGAAGGAGAGAAAAUAUCUCAGCUCAUUGCUGGCUACAUAGAUAUUAUUUUGAAAAAGAGAAAGGGCCAAGAUGGUUAUGAUCCUGACUUUGACGAGGAAUCAACAAUGGUAGAGGAUUCUGUGACUCCAUCAAAAGGUACAUACUUGGAGCGUCAAACAAACAAGGUUGGCCAUGCUGCUACUGGCUCAGUAGCUUUGCCAGCGGUGAUGAGAGCUGGAGGUCCAGGGGCAUCUAGAUACAGUGUGGGUAAGAUGGAGCCAGCCCAGUAUGGGACAGUUACAGGAUCUGCACACUCUGCUCAUAGGCCUCCCAUGGGCUCACAAGCUAAGCUUCACAGUCUUACUCCUGCACAGAAGGCGUACAUGAGUAGUCUGAGUCAAGGCUUGGACACCAUUGUUUCUGCAGAACAGGAUCUGGGUUCUCCUGCUGAGAUUCCUGCUCUUGGAUCAGAUCCAGCAUCACUGAAGUGGAAGCAAAACACUCUAGAUCUUUCCAGACAAAAUGUGGCAUCCCGACUGGCUGCUCUUUCAGCGUCAUGUGCUUCAAUUGUCACGCUGACUUCAGGAGAGCCAGAGGAAACAAACUACACUGCUGCUGGGGCAGCUGUGAAUACCAUCUCAUCUAACUUACAAGACUUAUCAAAAGGAAUCAAAAUGAUUGCUGGUUUACUGGAUGAUGACGAUGAUGGUAAGAACCUUCUGGAUGCUACACGAGGCUUGGCAGGUGCCUUUUCGAAUCUUCUGAAAGCUGCCCAGGAAGGAGGCGGAGCAGACAGUGAGUCUAGAGGCAAGUUGUUGUCAGCUGCUGGCAAUGUGGGUUCAUCUGGAGCAACACUGUUGCAGUACAUGGGUGAACCAGAAGUUGAUCAACAAACUCAAGAAAUGUUACUGGCUCUGGCUCAAGCUGUGGCUAAUGCAACAGCAGCUCUGGUCCUGAAAGCCAAGAAUGUCGCUAGUCAGUCUAAUGACACUGGAGCUCAAGGCAAGGUGAUCACUGCAGCAAAGGAGACAGCCAGAACCACAGCGCAGCUGGUAGCUUGUGUUAAGGUGGUUGUUCCGUCCAUAAGCAGUCACAUGUGCCAGGAACAAGUUGUCGAAGCUGCAAAACUUGUUGCUACAGCUGUCAAUGACACUGAAGGAGCUUGUAAGGAAGCAGCUCCUGAAGAAUCUGACUUGCUACGAGAGCUAAUGACAGCAGCGCAGGCUGUACGGGACGCUUUGAAUAGUCUGCUGGUGAAAGUGCGAGAUGGAGGCUGGGAUGCUCAACAAGCUGGACAGUAUGAUGCAGCAUGUGAUGACAUUUUAGGAGCUACAGACAGACUGUUUAACAGUAUGGGGAAUGCAGGAGAGAUGGUUAAACAGGCCAAGAUCUUAGCUCAGGCAUCAUCGUCAUUGGUAACUGGAAUCAAAGCAGAAGCUGAAACCGAGGAUGACUCAGACUCACAGAAACGUCUCUUAGCUGCUGCAAAGGUGUUAGCCGAUGCCACUGCAAAACUUGUGGAAGCAGCAAAGGGAGCAGCCAGAAACCCUAAUGCUGCUGACCAGCAGCAGAAGCUCAAACAGGCAGCAGAAGAUUUGAGAUCAGCAACAAAUGCAGCAGCCAGUGAUGCAUUGAAAAAGAAGCUGGUCAAAAGACUUGAGGCGGCAGCUAAAGAGGCAACUGGCCAGGCUACUCAGCUAAUUGCUGCAGCUCGCAGUGCAGGGCCAUCUAAUCGGAAUCAGGCAUCACAGCAACAGCUGAAUGACCAGUGCAAACCAGUAGAAGAACACAUCAACCAACUUGUUGAAGCUCUUAGAGACACUGCAAGAAAUCCUGACAUUGCUGCUCCUCAGUUGGCUCUGAUAAAUGCCUCAAAAGAGUUUAUUCAGCCAACAUCAAAGCUGGUUGCCAACUCUAAAGCUGCACUUCCAACCAUCGGAGAUCCAAUCACAGCAACACAGCUGGCGAACUUUGCCAAGUCAACGGGCUCCUCACUGGGAGACUUACGAGAUGCUGCAGAUAAGGCUGCAGAGGCCUGUGGAACACUUGAGAUUGAUAGUGCUUUGGAUACAGUUGGUUCUCUUGGUCGUGACUUGGAGGCAUAUGAGAAGAGUGCUGAGGAUGGAAAACUGCUUCCCUUACCUGGAGAUACUGCAGAAUCUUGUGGUCUUGAACUUGGUGCCACAUCAAAGUCUGUUGGAUCGUCAAUGGCACAGUUGUUAACUGCUGCUUCACAGGGUAAUGAAAGCUACACAGGUAUUGCAGCAAGGGACACAGCCAGCGCCUUGCGUGUUCUGACGGCAGCAGCCAGGGGUGUUGCAGCAACAGCAGAUGACAGAGCCUUGCAGAUGAAUCUUAUCAAGGCAACCCAGGCUGUAGUUGCUGAGUCAGCAAAAUUAAUUCAUGAGGCAAAGAAUGCAGUGAACAAUCCUGGAGACCCUAACAACCAGCCCAGACUAGCACAGGCUGCAAAAGAUGUGUCCCACGCAUUAAACAACUGUGUGAACUACUUGCCUGGUCAAAGAGAUGUCGAUGAAGCUAUAAAGGCCGUGGUCAACUCCAGUCAGAGUUUAGCCAUAGAGGAUUUCCCACCCACCUCCGAAGGGUACCAAGUGGUCCAGGAGAAGCUCAGUAUGACAGGUGCAGCCCUUAAUGCGGCAGCUAGUGACAUGGUGGCAGCAUCACGAGGAACAUCCAAUCAACUGGCUGUGUCCACUAAGAAGUUUUCACAGUCUUACCAAGAUCUGCUGGACAGUGGAAUGAAGCUUGCUGGGCAGGCCAAGGAUGAUGCAGCUAAAGAUUCUCUGGUACGCAAUCUGAAAAACACUUCAACAGCAUCCAGUAAACUCCUUCUGGCUGCUAAAUCCUUGGUGUCAGAUCCAAAUGCACCUAAUGCAAAGAAUUCAUUGGCUAAUGCUGCAAGAGCUGUGACGGACAGUAUAAACAUGUUGCUAAAUGCUUGUAUGUCCGCUGCUCCUGGACAAAAGGAAUGUGACAAUGCCUUGAGAAAUAUUCAGGCUGUCAGUAACAUCCUGGACAAUCCUGUUGAACCUGUUAACAACGACACGUUCUUUGACUGUCUGGAUAAAGUCACUCGCAAGUCUCAAGACCUAACAGAAGCCAUGCCUAGAAUCUCCAACAGUAUCAAGGCUGGUGACUUCAAUGAGUUUGAUGAUGGAGUUAAAGAUGCCUCAGGAGCUGUUUGUGCACUAACAGAGUCUGCUGCACAGGCUGCAUACCUUGUGGCAGUAGCUGAUCCGUCGAGUGUGGCAGGAAGACCAGGUCUGAUAGAUCAGGCGCAGUUUAUUAACUCUAAACAAGAGAUCGUGGACGCUUGCGAGAGUCUUCUCAACCCAGAGGCCAGCCAGCAGCAGGUCCUUGGAGCAGCUACAUCUGUCGCCAAGCACACUUCAGCUCUGUGCAAUGCUUGUAAAGCAGCGUCUGCUAAAACCAAUAACCCUGCAGCCAAGAGACAGUUUGUGCAAUCAGCAAAGGAUGUGGCCAACAGCACAGCUUCUUUGGUCAAGAACAUCAAGGUGCUUGCCAGUGACAUGUCUGAUAACAACAGAGAAGCAUGUGCAGCAGCAACCAAGCCUCUCAUCGACAGUGUGGAGAGUCUCACUGCUUAUGCACUCUCCCCAGAAUUUGCUCCAAUACCUGCGAAAAUCAGUGAUGAGGCUCGUUCAGCUCAGGUUCCUCUGAUAAUGUCAGGAAAAUCUAUGGCCACGUCAAGUUCAAACUAUUUCAACGUAGCCAAAGCACUGGCUGUGAAUUCUAAAGACCAAAACGGAUUGCAGCAGCUCGCUCAACAGGCCAAGGCUGUGUCGGACGCUAUGCGGAGACUUAUUACAGCAAUCAAAGACAAUGCUCCUGGGCAGAGAGAAUGCGACGAAGCCUUGGAGCAAAUUAACUAUACAAUAAAUCAGUUGGACCAAGCAUCUCUAGCAGCUAUCAGUCAGCAGCUGGAACCAAGGCCUGAAAACACUCUACAGGGUUUCCAGGAGCAAAUGAUGCAGAACCUUAGUCAACUGUCAGACGUUAUUGAUCCAUUAGCAACAGCAGCCAAGUCUGAACCUGAAAACAUUGGCCACAGGGUAGCCCAGGUGUCGAGUUUCAUUGCUCCGCUGGCCGACCUGGCUGUGGGCGCAGCGUCACGCACGGCUGAUGUACAGCGCAAGGUGGACUUGUUAGAUCAGGCCAAGACUGUGGCUGAAUCAGCAGCACAACUUAUGUAUGCUACUAAAGAAGGCGGAGGAAAUCCACAGGCUGUCGACAUCCAUCCAGACAUCAAUGAAGCCGCUCAAGGAAUGAAGGAGGCUGUCCGGGAUCUUGGACAGACACUUGAAGAGGCCGCUAGUGAGACUGGUGUGGUGUCUGGCUUGAUUGACAGCAUAGGGAAAGCACUUGCCGAGAUUGACCAGCCCCAGAAUGAUCGAGGAGAUAGUGCUGAUGUGAUCGAUGAACCGUUUGUGAAUUAUCAAGAGAGAAUGACACGUGCCAUGAAAGAACUGACCAAGAAAGGUCAUGACAUGGUGAGUAAAACGGAACACAUGGAGUUUGUCACUUUAUGUCCAACGUCUCUCUUGCNCCGUAUUCGCACUGGUGUCCAAGGGCUGGGAGAGGCGUGUAUUAGCUUGAUUCAGAGUGGUGGAGCAGUACAGAGCAGCCCCAAAGAUCCUUUCUCUAAGAGAGAACUAGCGGAAAAUUGCAGACAUGUGGCUGAAAAGGUGUCUCAUCUCUUAGCAGCCCUGCAACAAGGUUCCCGUGGUACCCAGGCCUGCAUCAACGCUGCCAGUGCGGUGCAAGGAAUUGUGGGCGACCUGGACACCACCGUGAUGUUCGCUGCGACUGGAACGCUGCACCCAGAGACCGAGGGCGACACAUUUGGGGAUCACAGAGAGGCUAUCCUUCGUACGGCCAAGACUCUUGUAGAAGACACCAAGAAUCUAGUCUCCUCGGCACAGGCAUCCCAAGAUGUGCUGGCCACGGCUGCCCAGUCUGCGGUUGGCUCUGUAUCUAAGUUAGCUGAUAAUGUCAAGCUUGGAGCUCUUGCUCUUGGACCAGAUGACAGUGACGCACAGCAAAUGUUACUGAACGCAGCUAAAGACGUGGCGUCCGCCCUAGGAGCGCUGAUCAACGCGACCAAGAAUGCAUCCGGAAAACCCAACAACGACCCCUCCACUGAGGUGCUCAAGACAACUGGAAAGGCGAUGGUAACCAACGUGUCUUCGUUGCUGAAGACUGUUAAGAGUGUGGAAGAUAAAACUCUUAGAGGUACAAGAGCCUUGGAGUCUACAACAGAUGCUGUUAAACAGGCUGUACUAGUAAGUGUGUUUUGUUCCGCCAUUCCAUACCAUUCUAUCAACAGUGUACGCUGUCUCCCUCGGUUUUCACCGACAGUGUAUGUAACUCGGUGACACGUUGUUAUCUAU